UACAAAAGUCGGAAUAAGUGACACUGAAUAGAGAACGCUUAAGUGUGUUAGACGUUUCUCGGGAUAAUAUAGAACGCCUAUCUUUGAUAACUGUUAUGCAGGGAAAAGAAUAUAGAGCGCUUGCCUUACUUAACAGUUUCAUAUUUUUUACCAUAAUAAAAAAAAAUUAAAAAUAAAUAAAUAAAUGCAUAUAUACGAUUCAUAACAUAUACGUACUAUCUAACCUUAAAUAAAAAACAAAACUAAUUAACUCUACAAAAAUUGAAUUCCCCCGCAAAGCCAAAACCCAAAACCCAAAAGCAAAUUCAAAUGAACUCUAAUAUAAUUUGGGAGAGACGUAAAACUCAACUAUUCGUAAUAUUGGGGAUUUGGGGUUUCACACAAAACAAACCCCAAAAUCCAUCUCCCGCAAAACCAAAACCGCGCAGCACCACCCGGUCUCCUCCGCCGUACUGUAAUACUACUGCCGCUCCUUUUCAACCUAUGGUGUACGCCGAUCGACUCUCUAUCACUCCGAAUUUCAAGGUGAUAUCUAUGGACAAAUCUAUAAAAUCCUCUAAAAGCUUUGAAGAGAUACAGAAGUGUGCGCAACUUGCAACAGCUGCUAUUGAUUUGGUGGAUGCAAAUUCAAAAACUGGAGGAUAUGAUGUGUAUUCGACAUGUUCCAUCAUGGUUAUGGAGAAUGAAGCAGUUGUUGACUAUGCCUUGAAGAAACGGAAUGUGAAACUAGUCCCAUGUAGACUAGAGUUUGGAAGGGCAGGAUUUGUCAACUUUAGGAAAUAUCGAUUUCAUCCAUCAUUAAAAAUGACGCGGCGAUUCUAUCCCCAUGAGCACAAUUUGGACGGUUUUUUGUUGCCAAGCAGAAUCUGCUCUUGCUGCUACACCAUCCCCAGUUGCUGCAGAAGCUGUCUGCAGAGGCUAGCUCUUUGAUUUUUUUUAAAUUUUUUUAAUAGUGAUAUUGGAUUUUGUUUUUUUUUCCCGUACCUUGUGUAAAUCAUCUAUAUUUUGUCAAUGAAUAAUAGGAAUUUUUUUAUUGAAUGAACAAUAUUAUUUUGUUAUUAAAUGAAGGGAUUUUUGGAAA